AUGCGUAUAGUUUAAAUUUUAUAUUUAUUGUUAAUAAAAAAAAUUAAAUUUGUCGAUAAAAUAGAGUUGAUUAUAUGACGUAGUCAAAUGUUGUUGUAUUUGUGUGUGCAUGAUUUUUGCGCCUGUCAGCCACCGACCCUGACUAAAAAAAAAAUAAUAAAAAUAUAUAUAUCAGGGACAACUGGUCUACAAGAAAAUAAUAAAAAAAAAAAAAAAACGAUUAAAAAAAAAAAGGGGCCAGAGGGGAAUGAUAUUUGGGAUUAUUGUGGGGAAUUGCAUACAGGUCAUACAGCAAGCUGAACAGAGCUAGCUGUAUUUUGUAUUUGUUUAUUCAUCUGUAUAAGAUUAUUAUUAUUUUUCUUUUAUACAUAGAUAUAUUUUGAAAUUUUAAAAAGAAAAAACAACAUUUUUUAAAAAAAAACGUUUUAUUUUUUAAUUAAAAAUGAGUUGUAUACGAUGCUGUCUUCAUAAUGGAACUCGAUUAGCAACUUCUAAUCAUAUUGCAAAUCAUGUGCAUAAAAUUGCAAGAAUUGUAGGAACAAGGUCAUUAGUUACGACAAAUGUUUUAUCAAAAAUAAUAAAUGAUUCAACACCACCAAAUAAAAAUGUUGGUGGUGGUGGUGGUGGUGGUGCAACAACUGGUUCGACAACAAGUAACAGUGGUACUGGAGGUGGUAAAAAAAAUACUCUUACUUGUCCAAAAUGUGGUGAUCCUUGUACGCAUGUUGAAACAUUCGUAUCUUCAACUAGGUUUGUCAAGUGUGAAAAAUGCCAUCAUUUUUUUGUGGUAUUAUCAGAGAUUGACUCAAAAAAAACCCUAAAAGAAUCAACACGAUCGGAUGAGACGAAACAAGGUUUCAAUCGAAAACCACCACCUCCACCAAAAAAGAUUUUUGAAUAUCUAAACAAACACGUGAUUGGUCAAGAGUAUGCUAAAAAAGUAUUGAGUGUUGCUGUUUAUAAUCAUUACAAACGUAUACACAAUAAUCUUCCAGCUCAAAAUUCAGUGACAUCAAAUUCAACUACAACUGCCGCUGCAACUGCUUCAGGACCACAAGAACUUAAUCAUCCUUUUACACAUAGAGGUCUAAAACCACAUUUACUUCAUGUAUCGAGUAUUGGUAAUCCUCUUGGUGUUGGAUUUCAACAUGCUCCAAAUAGUACAGAACAACAAAAAUCAAAUUCAAUACAGUCUGUUCCAGGCUCUGAAAUUCUUGAUAGUAAACAGCAUCAAUUAAAAUUGGAAAAAAGUAAUAUUUUACUUCUUGGACCAACUGGUUCUGGUAAAACAUUAUUAGCCCAAACAAUUGCCCAAUGUUUAGAUGUACCAUUUGCAAUAUGUGAUUGUACAACAUUAACACAAGCUGGUUAUGUUGGUGAAGAUAUUGAAAGUGUUAUUGCAAAAUUAUUACAAGAUGCAAAUUAUAUUGUUGAUAGAGCACAAAUGGGAAUUGUAUUUUUAGAUGAAGUUGAUAAAAUUGGUGCUGUACCAGGUAUACAUCAAUUACGUGAUGUUGGUGGUGAGGGUGUACAACAAGGUAUGCUUAAAAUGUUAGAAGGUACUAUUGUUAAUGUACCAGAAAAAAAUAGUUCACGUAAAUUACGUGGUGAUACAUUACAAGUUGAUACAACAAAUAUAUUAUUUGUUGCAUCUGGUGCAUAUAAUGGUCUUGAUAGACUUGUAUCACGUCGUAAAAAUGAAAAAUAUCUUGGUUUUGGUACAGCACCAACAAGUGAAGGUAGACGUGCAGCAUCACUUGCUGAUGUUGCUAAUAUGUCACCAUCAACUGAAGAUGAUAAUAAAGAAAAAGAUGUACUAUUACGUCAAGUUGAAGCACGUGAUCUUAUUGAUUUUGGUAUGAUACCUGAAUUUGUUGGACGUUUUCCAGUACUUGUACCAUUUCAUACACUUGAUAAAGAUAUGUUAGUUAGAAUUUUAACUGAACCAAAUAAUGCCAUGAUUCCACAGUAUCAAAUGUUAUUUUCAAUGGAUAAGGUUGAAUUAACCUUCACACCAGAAGCACUUGAUGCUAUUGCGUCAUUGGCAAUGGAUAGAAAAACUGGAGCUCGAGGUUUACGUGCAAUUAUGGAAACAUUAUUAUUGGAACCAAUGUUUGAUGUACCUGGUAGUGAUGUUUCACUUGUUCAUGUUACCGAGGGAUGUGUACGUGGUCAAGAUAAACCAAAUUAUAUACGACGAACUGAAACAACUGAAGAUGUACCACAAAAAGCUCAGCAUGUGAAUAAUUGAUUAUAAAAUAUUUUAAUUAUAUAUCUUUAUUGAAAAGUAAAAGUUUUUAUUUUUCUUUUUCAAAAAAACUUUUUUUGUCUUCUUUAUAUAUAGAUAUAUAAUAUGUAAAACUAAAUUUUAUUUAGAUAACUAUUAUUACAAAUACAUUUGAUAUUUGAGAGUAAAAAAAAAAUAUAUAGUAUAUAUAUUAAAUUGAUUAAAUCAAUAUAUUAAUAUAAUAUAUUGUCAAAUUGACAGAAAAAAAAACACUAAUUGUUGAAAAUUAAUAUUGUCGGGUUUCUUGACACCUGUGAUUUUUUUUUUUUUUUUCAUAUAGAAAUACUGUUAAGUAACUAAAAAAAAAUGAAAAUAAAUAAAACAAAUAAUAUGUGAACAUUUAAUAUCAAGAUGAUUUUGAUAUAAAUUAUUUGUGUGAAUGUUAUAGGAAAAAUAUAAUGAUUUUUUGUAAUAUAUUGUAUAUAGUCAUGAUUUAUAUAGAAUUUUCAACAAAUUAAAAACAAAAAAUUAAAGAUUUCUUCUUCCAAUUUAAUUGAAAGAAAUCUUGUUUUUCUCUUUUUGCUUUUUUUAAUAUUUAAAGUUCAAUUACAACAUGGGUUAAGUUUAAUAAUAAAAAAUCAAGUGAUUAAUUGAUAUUUAAAGUAAUAAAGUUUGUAUAAUUUACGAAGAAUAAAUUUAAAUAAAUAAAAAAAUUAAAUUUAAAUGUUUUUA